ACAUUGUUUUUUAACUUUUUCAAGGACCUUCGAACAACAAAUAGCUAUUCAGAUCGGAGGUCAUCCUGAUAGUGAUUGGUUCACUUUAAGCAGUUAGUGCGCGUUUUUAUCGGUGAGGAGUCUAUGGUUCUUUCAGUUUAUAAACGUUCAAAGUGAUCGCAUGUUGGCAUAAUUCAUUCGCAAAGUCUCAUGUCUGAGCCUGGAAACUUGAGUGAUGAGCCAAUCCUUGACUCGAAAGUAAAGUGUAAUAUCGGCGAACCUUCUCAAGAUGAAAUCGAAGAUCAUCGGUCUAAGCUGUCUAUGAUAGCUGGAUUAUCCGUAAGCAAUGACAUAGCUACGCUCAGUACGUCACAGUUCCCCCAAGGAAUUGCAUCAGGACCUUCAGCUCAUCGUCACCGUCGACGACGUAAACGCAUCGGUACAAACAGCACAAGGGAGGAAAGUUCAAAAGCAUUCCGUAAGUUUUGAUUAUUUUUAAUUAGUUCAUGUUCAAGAAUGAUGUAUCUGAACAAAUAUAUGUGCCUUUUUAUGACUGAAUGGUGAUUGUGUAAAUGGUUUCUCAAUUUCAAACAAAAAGAUUCUGUAUUUUACCCAUUUAUUGAUAAAAACUAGCUAGGUUGUACUUAGCAUAUUUAAUGGUUUCAAAAUAAAGUUGUAGUCUAUUGUAUUAAAACUGUUGCAUUCAUGGUUUAUCGAUUCCUGCCAUUUCUUAGCUAAACGAUUUUUCCGGUUGUAUAUAUUUAAAGUUUGAUUACUUUUAGUCAACUAUCAGUGUUUAGUAGAUGAUUGCAUUUCACAUUUUGUUCAUAAUUGCGUUAUGAUCCUACGCCAAUUUAUCUCGCAUGGCUUUUCUGUGUUUAAUUACAUAUGCGAUAUCGCUUUAUGUUUUUGUGAUGAAUAAAGUUCUUGAAUCUUGAAAGAGUAUUUAUUUCGUAUGAAAGUUCUAGAUUCACGUUAGAUAUUAGCACAAAUAAACAAAACAUAGAUUCGUGAGCACAGGAAAGUCCAGGGCAAAAAGCUCUAUACACUUUUACUGAAAGAUCAUCAACAAUCAAUCCAGUAAGAGGAGAUGCAAUUCCUUAUACUAAAUAACAGCUAAAACAGGUGAUGAUAUACAAUGUAUUCAACAAAAUUUGAUCAAGUUAUUUAUGACCAACUCUCAAGAUAUUAUGAAUUCGACUGUACAGAGUUCGUUUGUGAUUUGGCUGUCGCUAUUUAUACUUCAUAGUUAGACACUGACAAAGGUGGUUUACAAAUUCCAUUUUCACUAUCUGGUUUGGUAAAUGACCUAUGUAAUUUAUUGGUAUGUCGGCUUCUCAGAGUACAUCUAAGGGUAAUCUCCUGUAUGGUAGUUUUUGAACAUCAAAUAGAUGUUAAACACGUAUGGAUUUUAUAUUAUAAUUCAGAUGCUAAAUAGUAAUUAGUCUACUUCAAAGAUAACUUGUUUGACCGUGGCACUGAACAUUUAAGAAAACUAUAAUCGUUCUUGAGGUUGAAGUAUCUACGAACCAAUCACUUUAAGCAAAGUUUAAUAUUCCUACUUAUAUUCCUUCAGAAAUUUAAUAUCAACGCAAUAAUCCGAUAUUUCAUUGUAUACGUUACAAAGAAAAUUCACACAAUAUUAUCAGUCAGAAGCAUAUGCUUAUAGUGGCUAUGUAAUUUGCAUGAAAUACUAUCCUAAUACUUAAACGUUCAUUCAUAUCACUGUGAGUAACAGCCAAUUGUUUUUGCUUUCUCUUUCCUCCCUAUUUACAGCUACAAAUCCAAGUGAACAUGUAAUGUUUUUACUUGGUGAAUGCGAUGGUGAUGAUGAGCAAACACAUCAGUUAUUCUGUGAAUUAGAUGAACUAUGGAAUGACCCAUCAGGAUCAGGUGAAACCGAAUGGCGAGAAGCCGCAAGGUGGAUUAAGUUUGAAGAGGAUGUGGAAGAAAAUGGAGAACGUUGGUCUAAGCCACAUGUAGCUACACUACCUUUAUUCUCUGUAUUUGAACUACGCAGUUGUCUGGCAAGUGGAGUAAUUAUGUUGAAUCUGGAAAGUUAUAGCAUGGAACAAAUUGCAGAUUUAGUUUUAAAUUUAUUAAUAUCCGAAGACCGUUUACCGUUAGAUCAAAGAGAUCUGUUAUUCGAUGUGUUACUACGUCGUCAUGUUCAUUUACAUGAACGACUUCGACCGAAACUUAUUGGUCGUAGUGCAACAAAUCUCCCAUUGAUUCGAUCAUUAGCAGAUAUUGGCAAACGACACUCAGCAAAAGAUGUUGAAAAAGCUGGAGAAGCACCUUAUACAUCGCUAGCUAAAAUGCCUACAUUAACUGGAAUGGAUUCAUUGGAUCCGGCUACAGCUGCACACAUUACAGCUCAUGCACAAGCACAACCGUCUGGACCAUCUGAAGUAAUGUCUGGUAGUUUACAAGGGAAAUAUGAUUUACAUUUCUUGAAAAAAAUUGCACCUGGAUCAGAGACUUCCAAUAUACUUGUUGGUGAAACAACAUUUUUAACAACACAAAUCACUGUAUUCAUUCGUUUAAAAGAGGCUGUUUUACUUGGUGAUCUCACUGAAGUACCAGUACCGACAAGAUUUCUGUUUAUACAUCUGGGUACUAUAGGUAAUGCAGCUAAAUAUCGUGAAAUUGGUCGUUCCAUGGGUGUACUUAUGUCCGAUGAAGUAUUUCAUGAUGUUGCUUACAAGGCUCGAUCUAGAACAGAUUUGUUAGCCGGCUUAGAUGAAUUCUUGAGCGCUGCAACUGUCUUACCACCUGGUGAGUGGGAUCCAUCAAUUCGUAUUGAACCACCAGCAUCAGUUCCAUCACAAGACAGUAGAAAAACGACGGUCAGUAAUGGCCCUCAGUCAACUGUGAUCCCACCUCAAAUUACUACUUCUGAACCUGGUGUAGCAGUUGUUGAACAACUUCAUGUUGGUGGAGAUAAACUUGCCAGUCUUUGUUUAGCCGCCGUAGGUAAUGCUACUCCACGUAGUCAACAAGUGGAUGGGGUUACCAAACCUAUUGGCCAAAGUGAUUCAAUACACAAGUCAAAAACUGAUCUUGCACGAAGUACUGGCAGUCGUUUAGAAUUGACAAAUAUCGAGUCUGGCGGUGGUUCUGACGACCAUGGUGGUGGUGGGGGUCAUGGAGAUGAUCCAGCAUUAAAUCGAACUGGUCGCAUUUUCGGUGGUCUAGUACAAGAUAUUAAACGUCGUGCACCGCAUUAUGUCAGUGAUUUCACAGAUGCUAUACAUGUACAAUGUUGUGCAAGUUUCAUUUUCCUCUAUUUUGCUUGUUUAACACCAAUCAUAACAUUUGGCGGUUUAUUGGCUCAAGCAACUGGGGGUUAUUUAGGAACAAUUGAAAGUAUAUUAUCAGGUGCAGUUGUAGGUAUCACGUAUUCACUAUUUUCUGGACAACCGUUAACUAUCAUGGGUAGUACAGGACCAGUUCUAGUAUUUGAAAGUAUCAUAUUUAGAUUAUGCACGAAAAUGGAUUGGUCAUAUUUAAGUUUUCGUUUAUGGAUUGGUAUUUGGGUCGCUGUUGCCCUAUUCAUUAUGGUUGCACUUGAUCUGAGUGCAUUAGUCAAAUUUAUUACACGUUUCACUGAAGAAUCAUUUGCAGCAUUAAUUGGUUUAAUAUUUUUUAUUGAAGCAUUAAAGAAAACUUAUGCAAUAUCAAAAAAAUACAAAGUAGAUUUAUCGUGGUCACCGGAUUUGAUCGAUAAACAUCAUUGCGCAUGCUUUCCAUCAGAAAAUCAAACAGAUUUUGAAAGAUUAUCAACAAUGUAUGAAACACAUCCACUUACACAUAUUCCAUUAGUUGGAUUCAAUUCAACUUUUGAACCAGAAUCUGUACAAGAUUUGAUGGAAAAACAAAUUGAUUGGGAGACCAUUUCACGUGGUCGUUACUCUUGGAAAUCACAAGAAUAUCAAGAUUUAUGUGUACAGUUGAAUGGUACAUGGAUAGGCAAAAGUUGUCGACCAUUUUAUGUACCAGAUGUGUUCUUCUUUUCGUGUAUCCUAUUUAUAGCAACAUUUGUGUUAGCCUUUACAAUGAAAUCGAUGCGAAAUUCAUUAUUCUUUCCUACUCGUGUACGUCAAUUAAUAUCAGAUUUCUCAGUGGUAAUUGCAAUUGCGAUCGGUACUACAACAGAUUUCUUGAUGAAUUUACACACACCGAAGUUGUUGGUACCAACAACAUUUGAACCAACAUUGGGUUAUAGUAAACGUGGCUGGUUUAUACAUCCGUUCGAUAAUAAUCCAUGGUGGACAUCAAUUGUUGCUAUCGGACCAUCAUUCCUGGCAGUUAUUUUAAUUUUUAUGGAUCAACAAAUUACAGCGGUCAUUGUGAAUCGACGUGAGCAUAAAUUGAAGAAAGGAGCUGGUUAUCAUUUGGAUUUACUUGUUGUCGCAGUUACUAUAUUAAGUAAUUCAAUCCUUGGAAUCCCAUGGUUUGUCGCAGCAACGGUCCUGUCGAUUAAUCAUGUUUUAUCAUUGAAAAAAGAAUCCGAAACAAAUGCUCCUGGUGAACGUCCAGUUUAUUUAGGCUGCAGAGAACAACGUGUCACUGGAGUAUUAAUUUUCCUAUUUAUUGGUUUAUCUGUAUUUAUGACUCCUUUAUUAUCACGUAUUCCAAUGCCUGUACUGUAUGGAAUAUUCUUAUUCAUGGGUAUAUCAUCAAUGCGUGGCAUUCAAAUGUUUGAACGUCUUAGUUUACUAUUUAUGCCGGUUAAAUAUCAGCCAGACUACCCUUAUUUGAGACAUGUCUCUCUACGUCGAGUUCAUUUAUUCACGAUAAUACAAGUUGCUUGCUUAGUUAUGUUAUGGGUUAUUAAAUCAAUUGAAGUACUUGCUAUUCUCUUCCCUAUUAUGGUUUUAGCCAUGUGUUUCAUACGUAAAGGAUUAGACUUUAUAUUUACACAAGAAGAAUUAAAAUGGUUAGAUCAAAUUUUACCAAGUACUAAACGUAAACCAUUUCCACGUUCAUUAGUCACAUCUGUGCCAAGUAAUAAUGAUUUUAAUAAGAACACGAAAUUUUCAAGUAGUGCGAAUCUUUUACAAGAAAAGAAAAUAUCUCAAUCAGAAGAAAAGCGUAUCAAUAUCACAGAAGAAAUGUCAAAAACAUCUAUUUGGCGCCAGUUAAGUGGUGCGGAUAUAAAUAAUGAGUGUAAAAAGACUUCUAAUAAAUCGAAAGAUACAAAGCCUAAUAGUGGGAGUUCAUCAAAAACACGACAUCGUAAAGCGAAACACUUUUCGUCUACAUCACCGUGUGAGGAUGAUGAGGAUGAAACACUCAGAACUGAAACGAAUCAUUUAUCCAAUAAUUCUACUACGACUACUACUCCUGGUAAUAAUAGUAAUAAUAAUAAUUCCGACGCUAAUGAUCAACAUGAUCAAUCCACAUCAAAUUCACCAUCUGUAGCGUUCCCGACAAAACAGCAACAACCAGUUCUAUUCUGCAUUGAUCCCAAGGAUACAGUAAAUAAUACAAAAGGACAAACUAUUAAUGUUAAGGAAGAUAGAAAUACUGAUAGUUUACCAUUAUUAGAUACACCGAAAAUUAUGAUAAAUCCACCAUCGAAUCAAGGAUCACCGGAAACAGCGCAAAGACGACAACAACAUCGUGUACAACGCAUUUAACAAUCUCAGUUAUAAAGUUGACGAAUUAAAAAGGAGCAAGUAAAGAAUAAUGAUAGAUUUUUUUUUCUCUCUUAGAAAAAAACAGUUCCUUCUACUAUUGAUGGUUUUAUAUGAAUUGCUUCCCACAUUUUUUAUUACAAUAAAAUUUCUUGUGUGUGUAUUUGUGUGUUGGUUGGUCUAUGUGAAUGCAUGUUUAUGUACAUGACUUCAAGAGGAAAUGACAAAAGACUACUGAAAUAAUCUAAAACGCGCAUAUACAUAUACAUACAUAUGUAUCCGUAUACUUUCAGAGUACAUUUUAAUCAGUCUUUCCACCUUUCCACUUCCUAAAUUUAUUCACUGAUUAUCGAUAUCGUAUUGGUAAGGAAGAAGAUUAAAGCUGAAAAAACAGAAUGUAUCCAAUCAAAAUUGUCGUAAGCAAAUGCCUAACAAACCUGCAUGAUUUGUGUAUGAUUCUUCCUAUUAUUAUUAUUAUUAUUAUUAUUAUUAUUAUUAUUAUUAUUAUUAUUAGAUUUUAGAAUUAAUGAGAGGUAUUUGUAUUAUUAUUCGAACACUUUUUGAAUAAACUGAGUGUGUACGUGUAUGUGUGUAUGUUCGGAUAAAGUCAGGAAUAGAAGAUUUAAAAGUGUAACUCUUAUUUGUUUAGUACAGUGUUCUCCCCUUUUCUUUUGUAUACAUACACAUAUGAAUCUUCUUUUAUUGAAAAGCUGGUCCUUUGACCCUUUUUUUCUUAAAGAAAAUACUAAUACAUACGUUUUUUUCAAACAGUGAUUUACUUCCCUUCCGUUUCAACCCACCUCUCCAUAACACAGCUGCUCUUUGCAUCCUCGUUAACAUCAUCAUCAUCAUUAUCGUCAUCGUCAUCCUCAAGCUUCAUAACUCCUGAUCUUGAUUGUUAUUGUUACCAUUAGUACUUUUUUUAUCAGUUACAUUAUAUUUUGUUUGAAUAACAAUUUCAUAUUUGUUAUUGUCAUGGAUAAACACAUUUUCUUAUACGAAAAUUGCUAGAAUACAAUACAUAUAUGAUCAUUAGAUACGUCCACCCAUGUUCUUUCCUACCUCCCUCCCUCUGCGCCUCUUUUUUUUUAAAAAAAAAUAAUCUAAUACACCUUUACAUUACAUGAUUAUGUCUACUUUUUUCACCACUGAUUAAUUAAUACUUAAAAAGUUGAAUCUUUCUCUAUUCUCUAUUGUUGUUCUGAUUUGUUAUUUGACCGUUUCUAUACACUCUCCAUUGUUUACAUACAUACACACACACACACAUAAACCAAUGAUAAAAUAUCAUUUCUAGUCAAUGAGAAUGUUAGGUUUCUACAUUGUAGUAAUUUAUUUACUAUAAUUACCAUUAUUAUUAUUAGUAAUAGUAGUAGUAGUACUGUUAGUGGUAGUAAUAGUAGUAAUAAUAAUAAUAAUAACAAUUGUACUUCACAUUGAAUCAGUUGGUUCACUUUCAGGAAUCAUUCUAUGCCUCUACAUUGUUUUGUUAUUGUUGUUACAUUACUCUUAGAAACAGACAGUGUUGGUAAAAAUUCAUUUUUGAUUUUGGGAACAUAUAUAUAUAUAUAUACAUUUCAUAUAAUGUACACAUUUUAAUGGUACUCUCUAUUCAUUUAAAUGAAUAAAUAAAAAAAUACCUGUGUACAACGAAUUGCAGUAGAUUUGAAAGACAAUAAUGCGCGAAAAAAUAAAUGAAUUUUGAAGAUACAAAUAGAUAUGUAACAUGAUUAGACAUACUACUAAUACUAAUGAUUAUUAUGAUUAAUUGUAGUCAUAGUAAUGAAAAUAUCAUUAUUUUUAGUCUUCUUACUGAUUAUUAGAUGUCAAAAUUAUAUGAUUAAUCUACUAUACUUCCAUAGAUUCAUUGUAUAUCUAUACACAGACAAACACAUAUACAGUCUAAUAUCUCAGUAUCUUCUUAUCUUUUCUCUUUUCUGCCGAUGUUUUGGUGAUGGCAGCGAUGGGAUUGACGAUAACAAUAAUGAUGAUUAUGUUUGCAAUUAUUUUUUUUCCUAAUUCCCUCUAACUUGCUCUUCUAUUCGUUUUCCUUUGAAGCGCCAUAGAGAUAGUAAGGUGCCAAGAUGGGAUAAUAAGGGUGAGUAUGUGUAUUUGUGAGAGAUAAUGGACGAUAAAAAGCAGAUCACAAAGUAGAUGUAAUUUGAUAUAUGUAACUGUAGGGUAAGAAAACCGUUGCUUAUUAUUACCAUGAUCAGUUUGUAUACCUAACUAACUCCUAGUCAAUCGGGUACCAUAAAAAACAGUAGUAGUAGUAGUAAUAGUAGUAACGAUAGUCACAAUAGUCAUAUUAAUCUCAUCAUUUUUACUAGAUUGAUAAGAGAGAGGAAAACUAUCAUUAUCCCUCCACUUGACCCCAUCCAUAUGAAAUUUCCUUAUUUUUCUGUGAAGAAAUAAUUUCAUUUACUUAUGUUUGUGUCUCUUCAGCAAAACUAUGUUUACUACUACUGAGGAAUAAUGUACUGAUGAAGCUUACUUUCCCUCUUUCCCAUAUACAAAUAAUCCCUAACUUCCCCUACUCUAUCCUCUUCCAAUCUAGUAAAUACCUUUACUUACUACAAGCAAGAGUUUUUUUUCUCUCAAUUAGUUAUAUUUUCUUGUAUCUAUGCCUACGUACACAUGUACGACUGGAGAUGCAUUACUCAAUUGUUACACUAGAGCAUUUAGCAAAAAAUCGACCAACUUUGCUUCGUUUGUACUAUUGAUUCCCCUCAUUUUUUUUUGAAAAUAAAAUUGUUAGUUACAGAAAAAAUAGAAUAGUAGGUUAUCCUGUUUAAACUAGUUUUCAUUUCCUCUUCCCAUUACGUUUUCCUUCGUACUCUCAUUCACUGAUUUUUUUUUCCUGGUGCCUAAUUCCUCUCUCUUACAUAUAUAUAUAUAUACACAGUGCCAUUCUUCUCUUUUAUUCACUCCUUAUAAUCCAUCCUUCAUAUGUCUUUUUAAACUGAUAAUGACACAUGGGCAAAUGCUCUUGAUUCAUAUGAAAAAAGAAACAAACUGAAGAUGGCAUCAUUCUCUUUGUUUACUUGCUCCAGCUAGUGUUUACCUUUAACAUUAUUAUUAUUAUUAUUAUUAUUAUUAUUAUUAUUACUAUUAUUUAUUGUUAUUACUUUGUCUCCUGGUUCUACCGUCAUUCUGUUUGUUCGUUCAUGAGAUAUCCUUUCUUAUGUCAGAACCAUUUCCUACCUGUUUUGCUUACAAACUAUUUUUCGACUCUCUGUCUAUCUACUAGCCAGCUGCCUGUUUACCCAUCAAAUUUAUCGAUCUAUUUGUCUCUAUUUAAUAACUAUCCUUGUUAUUUGAGUUAUUUUUAUUCAAACUUAGCAGAACCUAUCCAAUAUUAGAAUUUUACAAAUCAUAUUAUAAUUUCUAUGAAAAGUGAUAAGUAUUAUUACUAAUAUGAUUUACUCAAAUAUUGUUAUUAUUGUUAUGACUAUUAUUAUUAUUACUAUUACUGAUAUUACUAUUUUUACUAUUGUUUCUAUUGAUACAAUAACGAAUCACUCAUCAUCAACAUAUACAACUUAAUAAAGAUGACAUCGACAAAUCAUACGUAGUAUACAUUACUGUUACUAAACUAUUUAUAAUAAUAAUAGUAACAAUUCAUACAGUCUUUUGUAGUCGUACUGCUCCUGCU